CCGAAAAACUAGGUUAGUGGUCCGACAGGCAUGACGGUGGAGAGAAACUGGGUCACAGAUUGAGGACCGUUUAUGUCACACUUGUGUUUCUGUUACAGCGAAGAAAAACCUCUCAAUGGACGGACUCCUCUCACCGAAGCUCCCGUAGACCAUCUGCUUCAGGAUCAGAUCUUAUCGUCAAACCGGAUGAAAGUAGGUCAGGCUGAACCAAACCAGACCCAGACCGGACCAGACCGAUCCCAACCACACCGGGCCCAUCCUGAGGCCUGAUCCAGUUUCCUAUCCAGUUGAGGGCUCCAGAGUGGAUGGAAGGAGAUGAUUUUAACACUGAGGCUGUGAUGAACAUCUGUGAUGACCUGAUGGCAGACCAAAGGAUGGACAUCUCGUCUACGAUGACCGACUUCAUGUCCCCCGGCUCCAUCAGCACGCCUGGCAUGGACUACACCCGCAAGAGGAAGGGCAGCACCACCGACUACCAAAUUGAUGGCUUCUCAUUCGAUGACAUGGACCCAGAUAAAGACAAGCUGGGAAGCGACCAGCAGGGCCGGAUUAAGAAUGCCAGAGAGGCUCACAGCCAGAUCGAGAAGCGUCGCAGAGACAAGAUGAACAGCUUCAUCGACGAGCUGGCCUCUCUGGUUCCCACCUGCAACGCCAUGUCCAGGAAACUGGACAAACUGACCGUCCUCAGGAUGGCGGUGCAGCACAUGAAGACGCUCAGAGGUGCAGCCAAUCCGUACACAGAAGCAAACUACAAACCUUCCUUCCUGUCAGACGACGAGCUCAAGCACCUGAUACUCAGAGCUGCUGACGGUUUCCUCUUUGUAGUCGGAUGUGAUCGUGGAAAAAUCCUGUUUGUUUCUGAGUCGGUGUACAAGAUUCUGAACUACAGUCAGAACGACCUGAUCGGCCAGAGUCUGUUCGACUACCUUCAUCCCAAGGACAUCGCCAAGGUCAAGGAGCAGCUGUCGUCCUCUGAUACUGCUCCUCGAGAGAGACUCAUCGACGCUAAAACUGGUCUUCCGGUGAAGACAGACAUCACCCCUGGACCUUCUCGACUCUGUUCUGGAGCCCGACGGUCGUUUUUCUGCAGAAUGAAAUGCAACCGACCCUCAGUCAAAGUGGAGGACAAAGACUUUCCCUCCACCUGCUCCAAGAAAAAAGCGGACCGUAAGAGCUUCUGCACCAUCCACAGCACCGGCUAUCUGAAGAGCUGGCCGCCCACCAAGAUGGGUCUGGACGAGGACAACGAGCCCGACAACGAGGGCUGCAACCUGAGCUGCCUGGUGGCCAUCGGCCGGCUGCACCCCCACAUCGUCCCCCAGCCCAGCCUGGCCGACAUCCGGGUGAAGCCCACCGAGUACGUGUCCCGCCACGCCAUCGACGGGAAGUUCGUCUUCGUCGACCAGAGAGCCACAGCCAUCCUGGCCUACCUGCCCCAGGAGCUGCUGGGAACCUCCUUCUACGAGUAUUUUCACCAGGAUGACAUCGGACACCUGGCAGAGUGUCACCGACAAGUGCUGCAGAUGAGAGAGAAGAUCAACACCAACUGUUACAAGUUCAAGAUUAAAGACGGUUCCUUCAUCACGUUGAGGAGCCGAUGGUUCAGCUUCAUGAACCCCUGGACCAAGGAGGUGGAGUACAUCGUCUCCACCAACACUGUGGUGUCGUGUCCUAUGAUGGAAGGAUCAGACUAUCCUCAGUCUGCUGCGUCUCCUCAGAGCAUGGACAGCGUUCUGACCUCAGAAGGAGGCGGUCGGCGGGCGCUGCAGACGGUACCCGGCAUCCCCGGCGGCACGAGAGCCGGAGCCGGGAAGAUCGGACGUAUGAUCGCUGAGGAGGUGAUGGAGAUCCAGAGGAUUCGAGGCUCCUCCCCCUCCAGCUGUGGCUCCAGCCCUCUGAAUAUAACCAGCACCCCCCCACCUGAUACCUGCUCACCUGGAGGCAAGAAGAUCCAGAACGGAGGAACGCCUGACCUGCCGAGUACAGGAAUAAUUCCUGGACCUGAUUCUGUCGGAUAUCCUUAUUCCAACCAGUCCAUCAUGAGUGAUAACUCCCACCUGAGCAUAGACAUCAUGGAUGAACCCGGCUCCAGCAGCCCCAGCAAUGACGAGGCGGCCAUGGCGGUCAUCAUGUCGCUGCUGGAGGCCGACGCCGGCCUGGGCGGACCCGUCGACUUCAGCGACCUGCCCUGGCCUUUGUGAGGAAGCUGGACGGGAGAACCGGAGCCGCCGACGGAGAUUCAGUCGGGUCGAAUCCUGGCGGCUUCCUGCAAAAACGACCACCUUAACAAAGACAAGUCCGGAUUUAAACCGGCUCGAGAUGAUUUCUGUUAGACGACGCGCUCUGGUCGGACUGUUCAGGCUCCACCCUCUACUUCCUGGUCCGUCAUUCCCUGUAGGUGGAGCUUCAGAGGCGAGAUCUUUGUUCAGAUGAUCGUUUUUACCAUCAGCUGCCUGCAGAUCAGUUUCCCAGCAUUGCCACGGCGCAGACCACAACUCAACCACAGUCCAGCAAACACCAGCUGCAGAAGAGCGUCGCCAAGACGUCCACGAUCCCGCUAGCACGUCGACGCUUCCGCCAGCACGUCGACACUCCUUCAUCAACUUUACUCUGUACUGCAGCGGCUCUGGAUCCUGUUGCUUUCAGAUCAACAGUGCCGGGUUCCAGAGCCGGUCGGAGGACGACAUGUUGGACGGAGAGCGUUGGAUUCCUGCGUCAUGCUGCGACUCUCCACGUCUUUUAACUGCGUUCAAGGAUUCUGUCCAAACACAACCCUCCGCCUGAACUCGGCUGCUUUAAUCCGGCCGGCCUCCAAAAGGGACCUGCCACAGUUCACCUUCAGACACCUGCUCAGAAGGACGUUUAUUAUUCCCAGAAACUCCACCACCAGGUUGUGUUGCAGAAGAAGCCCCUCAGCUGCUGUUUCCUCAACUUUUUCUCUGAGCUGCUGUUUCACCUCCGAUCCUCAGAGUCCAAUUUGAAGCCAAAGUGAUUGGUCUGAUGGAACUUCUGUUAUCUGCUGCCGCUCAGUCGAGGCGCUCAAAUGUCCACAAUGAUGGAACAAACCACUGUGUUCAAAUUCCACAGUGAAAAAGCAAGUUUUGAGUUUAUAGUGUUAUCAUGUUUAGAAACAGAGCUGCUGAAAAUGCAGCCGCUAAAGACAACAGAAGAGCUGCAACUAACCUGAAAAUAUACUUUAAUUUACUGCAUUAUAGAGCUAAUCCUUUAUUAGAUGACAGUGAUGAAUGUUGAGCAGCUAAAUAUGGCUGAAAAGCUUUUUAAAAAUGUGAUCCAAGUGUAGCAGCAAGGGACACCAUGACAAAGACUAGCGUGGUGGUUAAUGACCAGCCAGGACUAACAUAAUAAAAGAUAAAUAGUGUAAACUCACCUCUGAGUCAACAUGAUUGGUCUGUUUAGUGCAGAAAAACUGACUUUAUCUGGAGUGUGAUCAGAAUCUAAUGUAGAAAACCUGAUCAUUAAAGACAGCCAUCAUUCCCGUUGUAUCAGAUUUUAGAUUUUGUUGUGGUGGCUAACAGAAGAAAGUCUGGUUCUGUUAAACCUUCUUUGUAGUCCAGCCCUCUGAUGGGUCCUGUGAAGACUUCCUGCUUUGAUCCAGAACAGAGAAGCUGUAGUACCUGGUUCUUCCACCAGGUGGCGCCUCUUACUGUUCAGUAAGAUUCUUAAAAAUGCAGUUUGUUCCUGCGUUGAAGCAACCCACGUUUAGCUAGCCGGGGGCCACCAUGACAGAGUCUAGUGUGGCGUUUAGUGACCUCAGGAUACAAGACAAGUAGACAAACAUUUUUUAAUCAAAGCCAUGAAACCUGUUAUCUCUGGUUUUAGGUUUUGUUGAGGCGGCUAACACAAAAGUCUGGUUCUGUUAAACUCUCUUCGUAGUCCAGCCCUCUGAUUGCACAGUGAAGAAUUUUUGGUGUUUAAUAACAUAAAACAGUGCUGUUCGUUUGCUGCGUUCAGCUAGCUGUGGGCCACCAUGUGGCGUUUAAUGACCUGUCAAAGUGGAGAAAACAGAGUUGAUGGAAGCAGCAGCUCAGUGCAGCUUUGUCUUUGACCCAGACUGUCCCAGUGCUCCUUCACUGCCACCGUCGUUCUGAGGACGCCUCUCCGGAUCAACGCUUAGCUUCGGCUCGCUAACGGAAACCUUGGUUCUGGGUCACAGGGUCUAAACCUCCAUCCUCCUCCACACCGAAGCACUUCAGACUCUACGGGACUCGCUGAUCAGCACUCUGAUGCAGCUCUGAGGAUUUCUUUGCCUUUUUGUGAAUUUUAGCCCCAGAAUCUAGAAAACAGCCCCUUCCUCCAAACCAGUUCGGACGGAGCUGCAAGGAAAAGAGUGGAGUUGGUCUGCAGAGACGUGGGUUUUUAGGAACUUUGGUCUGUUUAGCACUUAAAGACACGUAGCUGUCGAUGCAAACUACCGUUAGCACAGAGGCCUAAAACGUAGACGAGGUUAGAAUCAGGAAACGGAUUUAUGACACAGAAUCUGGACAGAUUCUUCAUGUCCGACUUCCUCCAUGAUGAUGGUAGUGAUGAUGAGUAUCUUCAUCUUGCCGCUCUGCAGCUCAAAGGUUUAACGUUGACGGAGUUUGAUUGGAGGAGGAGACAUCAGGAGCCCUGAAGGGAAAGAAAAACCGAUACAAAAAUUAAAAAAACAUCAAAAAGUUCAGAGAAAGUCUGUUUUAAAUUCUGAUUGGGACCAAAGUGGUCAACAAACCCAACGACUCCAGCAGCACGUCAGGUUCAUGAGUUCAGGAUGAUUCUCCGUCGUCUCUUAUCAGGAAAUACUCACCAGAGCUCAGGAUUCAAACAGCUCCACCACAAAUCAAGUCUUAGUGUCAGAAAAACUACAAAAUAAACUGAUAGUCCAAACGUAGCAGAAGAUUAAAUGAGUUCAUCUCCUGGAAGAGUUGGUUUUCAGUCAUGGAUCAGAUUUUUAUAGAUGUACUGUAGACUGUCCCAAAUAAAUCCUAAAGAAUCAUCGACGGCAGAAACCUCAGAGAAACUAAUGUAGAGCUAAUGUCCAUAUUCUGAAAAAUCUUUAUAAAGACAGAAAGUAAGUCAUGUUUUCUUUGUAUUUGUGACGUAUAUUUUCAUGAAAAAAAAAACAUAAAAAUGUCCUAAACUUCAGGUCUACCAGCUCUAAAUAGUCGUAGCUUCAGUUUAGAGAUGCAGAGAAAAGUUGAUCUGAAAUCUAAAAACAGCACGACGGUUUGUUCAGAUGCAACUUUCUAAAUCCAGAUUUCUGAACUUCUGACGAACACAAAGUUCUCCAACGCUGGAUCAGUUCAGAUUAUUUUACAAGAAAAAUUAGACCUAAAGAGGCUUUAAUAGACAAACUUGUUGAUAAGAUUCAUCUUUAAUUCAUCCAUUCAACCUGUUUUAUACUGAUAUCACUGAGCAUCAACCAAAAAUAAACAAAUGCAAACAAAAGGCAUUAAAUUAAAGAAACCGCAAAACUUCCAAGCAAGACAAAUAUUAAGUUAAAUUAAGAUGUUAUGAUAAUUAAUAGCAAAUAGGGACAUUAAUGAUUAACCAGUAAUCACAUCGUUUCCAUGAAAUUUUUAACCAAUUAAAAGUAUAUUAACCAGAAAAGCAGAAGGAGGUGAUGUCAGUAGAUGUAGAUCAGCUGUAGUUCCUGGUUGUUCCAGCAGGAGGCGCCUCAGAGGUUAAAUAAUGCAGUUUGUUGUUUUAGAGAGUUUAUCUCUAAACGGCACAAAGACAGACCUGUGAGCUGUUUAAUGACCUCCAACCAGAGCCCAUGUUUAUAUAUUAUAUAUAUUUAUAAAAAUCACAUGAUGUGUUUCAAUCAUUUUAUUGAUUGAUUAUUGGUGACGCUGUUGGUUACAAACAGAAAAUUAAAAUUACUAAAUUACUAGUAUGAGUUAUUUUAAGCGUGCUGCCAUUUAAUCACGUUUUCCUUCUCAGGCUCCGCCCCCUCUGUUCUCCUCCUCCAAUCAGGCAGCAGCUGGCUCCGCCCCCUCUGUAUCUGUUCUAGUGGUUCUCUGUUCAAUGUUUUUAACGCUACACACUACAAAUACAGCGUCGCCCUUGUUGAUAUUUCCCUCCACCCGACGAUAAUGUAUCAGAUCUUUAAAUAUUAUCAUGUUAAGAGUACUUUAUGCAAAUAUAUAUGAGUAUGAUGAGUGUAUUGUAUGUAUCAGCAGUGGAAUAUUUUUAAAUAAAAUUAUUUGUUUCUGUC